CUGAUACUUGAGGUUGCCAAUCAGAACCAACGGAAACCGGUAGUUUGAAGGAACUGAAAUUUAAGUGAAUUUUAAUGUGAACGAAUUCAGUUAAGAGGUAUCUGAAAAUAUGGCGAAGCUGGAGAAAGUGCCCUUCGAGGAGGCAAUGGAUUUGACAGGCUACGGCAAGUUCAACCUGCUAACCUUCAUACUGUGCAGCAGCAUCAUCAUAGGCAUGGCGUUUGAGAUCUUCUCGGUGUCUUACCUGGUCCCCGCCAGCGCCUGCGAGCUCGGGACCACCAGCUCGCAGCAAGGACUGAUGGCCGCGAUGCCUCUCAUGGGCAUAAUCGCGACGUCCCACAUCUGGGGCUACCUGGCCGACACGCGCGGCCGCAAGAAGGUGCUGUGUUUCUCCAUGACCCUGAGCUUUGUGGCUGGUGCUGCCUCCGCCUUCUCUCCCGACUGGAUCACCUUCAGCAUCCUCAAGCUCUUGUCUUCAGGCUCAGUGGCUGGAGCGUUUGCACUGUCGAUGACUUUGCUGAGCGAGUGCAACCCGGUAGCUAAGCGCUCUGCUGUGCUCGUGCUCUCUGGAACUGUCUUCCUCGCUGCCAAUGGGCUUAUGGCUGCAAUAGCCAUACCAGUGCUCCCACUCAAAUUCGCCUUUUACUGGUCAGUCCUCGGCAUUUACUUCAACUCCUGGCGUCUCCAGUGCCUAAUCUUCGCCACGCCCUGCGCCAUCAGUGCUAUUGGCCUUGUCUUCGCCUACGAAAGCCCCAAGUUCUUGCUGAGCGUUGGGCGAGAAGACGAAGCCUUGCAUAUCCUGAGGAGCAUGUUUGUCAUCAAUACCAAGAAGAGCGGAGAGGAAUACCCAGUAAGUAAGGUAAAAUCUCUGGCACUAAACGAAGACGACGCCCCGGAAGCAGUGAAGGGCUUCUGGUCGUCCCUGGUUGCGCAGACCACGCCGCUGUUCAAGCCACCUCUCCUCAAGAACACCCUACUGAUUUCUAUCAUCUUCGUUAUUGUUUAUAUUUGUAUAAACCCUUACAUGGUGUGGAUGCCGUACAUCGUGGACGGAGUCAUGCGGUCGGUGCAGCGUGGGGAGACAGGUCUCACCUUCUGCGAGCGACUCCGGGCCUCACAGAACAUCACUGUUGAACAGGUAGAAGACAAAUGCGCAUUGAACGAGUUUGCAAUGACCAUGGUCUUCGGCAUCGGCAUGAUCAUGGCCGCCGGUAACACCGUUGUGUCCAUUCUCGUCAGCUACAUGGACAGGAAGACGCUGCUUAUCAUUAUUCAGGUCAUAUGCGGCGUGUCAGGGCUGCUAGUGAACUGCACGUCGAUGUGGUACCUCAGCGCCGUGUUCUUCCUGCUGUACAUUUCGGGCUCCAUCAACUUCGGCUUCUUGAACACCUUCAGUGUCACCCUGUUCCCUACUUAUGUUAAAGCGAUGGCGGUCUGCCUAACCCUGAUGGUGGGUCGGGGUAGUGCUGCGCUGGGCAUCAACUUGCUGAAGGAGAUGCUUAACACCAACUGCGAGGCGUCUUUCUACGUGUUCGGGAGCAUUGCUUUAUUGGGUGCAUUGCUUCAAUGCUUUCUGCCGGGGACCAAACCAAAACAAAGAAGGUGCCCUGAGACUUGAAGAGGAUCGUAAUGUAGCAGAACGUGGAAAAAAGUAUUGAAGUAUUGAAUUUAUAGUGGUUCAGUGUAACCAUUUUUGUGAUCUGUCUUUGUCUGGUAGUCUGUAGUAGAAUUUGUUGAUUAUUAUUGGAAUUUUUCAUCAAUCGUUAAAGAGACGAUCGUUGUUAUUUAAUUUUAGUAUCCAGAAGAUUAUGAUGGGCACUCUACCCAAAUCACGAAACUCUUCGUGCUUUUAUUUUUGAUGUCAUAAUUAUGUUUGUGUAUGAUAAUA